AUGCAGCUCGAUUGGUUCCACUGGAACCUCUCCCUCGCCUGGAUCGCCGUCAUGACCGAACUCAUCAUCGGCACCAUCCCCCGCGAACCCCCCAUCCGCCUCCUCACCAUGCCCGUCCCCAGCAUGGUCUUCGCCUUCCGCCUCGAGCUCGUCCUCGUCGACGCCCUCCGCCUCCUUGGCAUCCCCUCCCCCGUGCGCAUCUCCUCCGUCACCCGCGGCGCCCCGCUGCGUCCUGGCGUCUACAGUUUCAUCGAGGACGUGUGCGCCGUCGAUGGCUCGGGUGGCACGGAGUUCCGCCAGCGACUGAAUCUGCGGAAUGCGGCGUAUGUUAUUGGGUGGACGGUGCCGUUUGGGUGGGCGGCGGUGUGGACGCUGGUUACGACGAAGUGGGUGCAGAAGAGUCUGGAGGUUGAGAAUAAGGUGUGGAGAGAGGAGAAGGAGCAUCGGCGUUUGGGUGGUGUAUGA